CGACUCUUCUCUCAUUCCCCUUUUCUUGCUCCCCUCUUAUCAAAACUUCACCCCCCAACAAGAAAAUUUAGAGAGAGGAAAAGAGAUAACGAGAGACAGAAACAAAAACAAAGAAAGAAAGAGAGAAGAGAUGAACCUUAAAGAAACGGAGCUCUGCCUUGGCCUCCCCGGAGGGGCUGAAACCGUGGAGAGUCCGGCCAAGUCCGGUGUUGGGAAUAAGAGAGGCUUCUCUGAGACCGUUGAUCUCAAACUCAAUCUUCAAUCUAACAAACAAGGACAUGGGGAUCUCAAUGUUUCUGGAUCUAUCAAAGAGAAGACUCUCCUUCAAGACCCUACAAAGCCUCCAACUAAAGCACAAGUGGUAGGUUGGCCACCAGUGAGGAACUACCGGAAAACUGUUAUGGCUACUCAGAAGAACGGUGAAACGGAGGAGACAAUGAGCAGUGGUGGAGGAACUAUCGCCUUUGUGAAGGUUUCUAUGGAUGGAGCUCCUUAUCUUCGUAAGGUUGACCUCAGGAUGUACAACAGCUAUAAAGAUCUCUCUGAUGCUUUGGCCAAAAUGUUCAGCUCCUUUACCAUGGGGAGUUAUGGAGCACAAGGAAUGAUAGAUUUCAUGAACGAGAGUAAAGUGAUGGAUCUGUUGAACAGUUCUGAGUAUGUCCCAAGCUACGAGGACAAAGAUGGUGAUUGGAUGCUCGUUGGUGAUGUCCCUUGGCCGAUGUUUGUUGAGUCGUGCAAACGUUUGCGCAUUAUGAAAGGAUCCGAAGCAAUUGGCCUUGCUCCAAGAGCAAUGGAGAAGUGCAAAAACCGAUCCUGAACAAAGAAAAUGAAGACAAUAAUGGAUUCUUGAUUUUAUUUUUUUAAUUUGUAUUGUUAUAUAUGAUCAUAUAUAUGUGUGUUGAAAUUUUAAAUAUUAAUGGUAUAUAGGGUAAUAGUAUUGUUUACGAAAAAGUGGUCAAAAAAUUGUAUUUGAUCAGAAGUCGAAAGUUUAAAUAUGUCUGUGUUUCUGUUUCUUCUCUUAAUUAAGUAGAAAUUAAACUUUAAGGUGUAAUUGUGAUAGUGAUUCUAUAGA